AUGAACUAUCCUCCACUGACAGCAAAAAAAUUGGCCGAAGUGAAAAGACUCUUGAAAAAGAGUCAGAUUCCUGAAUUGGAAUAUAGAGAAUACGAGUAUGAGGUUAGAUAUGAGAAAGAAAUGCGUGAAUUAGAAUUGCAGAAAGAUAAAAUUAAGAGCGAUUUCUUUAACUGUAAUUAUAACCCGAUCAGGGAGUCAGUUAGGGUAUCAACGGAUAGAGACCCUGAUUUAGAGGAUGAAAAAAGAGAGCAGCUAGGAGAGUCUAUGCAGGCUGAAUGGGAGAGACUAAGGCGGGGUGUAGAAGUCGGUACUUCAGAAGAUAUCAAUGUUGACACAGUCAAACGUUGGGGUUUGCAAAAUAAUAAGUACAACGCUGAACACUGGAUCCCUCCAGGGGGUCAGCGCACAGCUGAGGAUAUGGGAAAACUCUACCAAUUCUGGGAUGAAUUCAUUGAAACAUAUGAAAAUGAGGUUAUGAUGAAUUCGGGGUACAGGGAACCCUUAAAUAAAGAUAAAGUGUUUAAUACACUACUAGAUCAUUCUAAUAAUAAGACCAAUCAGACGGCUGAGGAAUUAAAAGGCAUUCAAACUAAAAUAGAACGUAUGACUAUGUAUUUUUAUGAGGCCAAUGUCUAUGAAUCAUUAGGUCAGUUGAAGAAUAAGUUCAUCAAUAUAGAUGAGCAAACAGCAAAGGAUUACCUUCUUGAUAAGUUAGAGAAACCAGACGAUCUAGAUAUCGUUAGAGCUAUGGGCACCUAUACACUGGAAUGUAUAGUUGUAUUUGUCUUAAGCAAGCAGUUUAAUGUGUUUGCUUUGGAGAAGGCUAGUGUUCAAGUUGCUACAUUGGUGAGUGAACUAGAUUCCGCAGCUAAGAUUGAGUAUAAUCGUAUAAUCGCUGAGGGUAGAAAGCGCAAAAAAGCUAAGCGGGGUGAUAAGCAGAUAAAUGAAGAUGAAAACAUCUUAUUGCAAGAUAAAGGUGUGGAUACCUUUAAUGGUGAUGUACAUUCCGAGCUGGAUAGAAAGAAAAAGAGCAUAUCAAAACAAACGAAUCGAAAAAGAGUUCGAAUCAGUAAACAUAAGGAGCCCGGUAUAGGGGAAGCCCUGUUUGGCUGGCUGGCUAGCAGGAAAUUGAUAGAAGUCAAAAAACCUGUUUUUCUCUUUGAUAAGAAGAAUAAGAAGCCAAAAAAUGUAAUAUACCCGGGCUAUGUAGAUUGUCUAUUUGACAUUAAAGAUCUACCCUUCUGUUCAACCUUACCUAUGGUAUACCCUCCAGCCGAUUGGGAAUUACGGCCCACCGCAACCGCGGAAGUCUCGGAUCCAUAUAUAACGAAUCUGACCCCUCUAUCGAGUUAUAGAGGUGGUUACCUCACAACCCUACAAAGGGAGAGUGGAGAUAGUCCGACUCUCUUAAGUGAAAAAGAUUAUGGUGUAUUUGACAUACAUAUCGAUCGCGAGAGAUCUCAACCAGUGUUGAGUGCUGUGAAGAAGCUUCAGCGGCAGCCCUAUCGAAUUAAUAAAUUAGUCUAUGAUUUUAUACAAAAACAUUGGAGUGUAUUAGUGUCCGUGGGGCUUCUCAGGCCGAAGAAUCUAGCUUUAUUUAAACGAAAGGAGGCGCUCAGGCUACUAUCUAGCCUUUUGUUUAAACACGAGGAGCUUUCAACGAUUUAUCGAUAUAGUGAGUUGAAAUCUGUAUUGUUAAAAAAUAUACACGCGUCAACCUUCGAACUAUAUACUAUGAAAAUAGCUGAGGCUUAUCUAGAUUAUAAAAUCUAUUUUCCAAUCUUUCUGGACUUCAGGGGGCGAAAUUACCGCCAUGGACCCUUCCAUUUCCACGAACGUGAUUUAGUGAGAUCACUCAUCAUAUUUGAUGAAAGUGAUGACUCAGCAGCACAUACUAUAAAUAGUGAUGAUGAGGAUAGAAUCCUCCAUAAUUUCCUUAUAUCAGCGGCAUACCAUAAAUCUAAAUUUGGUGUAUACCAAGACGCUAUGGAGUUUAUCUCUAAAAUAAUACCAGAUAUGGUAAGUAAACCUACAUUCUUUGAAAAAGAUAUCUUUAUGGAUACACUGUGCUGCAGGCACCCAUUUCAGUAUAUAUCAUCAUGUAUAAGUUUGAAGACGUACGCGGAUACAGGAGACUUGUCUGUGCUGCGAUACACACCAGUAUCCCAAGAUGCCUCAGCAAGUGCUUAUCAGAUGAUGAGUUACUUUUUGUUGGAUAUUGAUUAUGGGAUACAUACAAAUCUUUUAAAAACCCCAAAUACGGAUGGCAGAUAUAUCAGGGAUAUAUAUGAAUUCAUGCGGGAUUGUUUAAUAAACUAUCUCAUCGCUGAAGAAAAGAUAGAACUAGUAAUUAAACUACUUACACGUAAUGAAAAAGAUCAAGAAAGUGUAUUAGCUAAGAUUGUUAGUAUAUUUGAUCGCAAUGUGGUAAAGAAAAUGUUUAUGCCCAUGAUGUAUGGGAAAACCGAUUAUACCUUAAAAAAGGAUGUUGAAGAUCUAUUAAAGGGUAAGUCGGAUUCCGAGGGAAUAAACCUAAUUUCAAAACAUAUUUCUACAUAUUGGAAAGAGAAUUUUGGAAAAAUGAAAGAUCUUAUGGAUCUUAUCAAUUAUGUUAGCUGGUUUGGAGCAGGACAGGAUAAACCGGUGGUAUAUAGUACGCCGUACUGGGUAACGCUGCAAACAUAUAAGCGGCGUAAACGCGUAAAAAUGAAAAUACAGUAUGAAACAACCAAAAAUAACGAAAAGGAGGUUAAAACAACAUCGGCUAAAAUGCUUGUACCGUUAAACGAUAACGAUAUUAGAAAGAGCUCAACCUCAACCUUUGCCAACUUCAUCCAUCAAAAGGAUGCAUUUACUGCUAUCCAGCUUGUUGAGUUUAUCAAUAAACUCGAGAAUGCUUCCUCAAUUCCUAUAUACGCAGUACAUGAUAAUUUUAUAACUAUGCCUGAAUAUGCUUGGAUUUUGCCGACCCUUUAUAGGGAAUCAAUCUUUCGUAUGGGGCACCCACUCAUCAUAAUAAACAAAUUUUUAUUUGAUCAUAUACUUCUACCUGCAAUACAAAACGAACAUCCUAAAGAUAAACACUUCUUCUCCGUGGAAGAGCGCUCUAUGUUAUAUCGUAUGAUGAUUGAUUUACAGAAUCCAUUGAUUCCCGAUUUUGGAAGUGUUGAUAUUACUAAGGAUAGAAUCAAAUCUAUAGUGAUUCCGAAAGAUCUUCUUCUUAAGUGCUUUUCAUGUUUAUGGAUGAGUAAAACUAAAAAAAUAUCUUUAGUUAGAUGGGAAUCUUGUCGUGAUAAAAUCAUCAAGGUAUACAUGAGGUAUACUGAUGAUAUCUCUUCAGAUGAAGGGGUUAGUAGAUGGUUGGAAUACAAGAAGAAUCUUGACUUAGCUAGUGAUCCUGUAUGGAGUUGUGAUAAUACUAAUGGUACUCAGGCGGAUUCGCUUGAUAAAGGCGAGGAUGACUACUGCAUCCAUUAUUAA